UCCAGGAACUGCGAGGCGUUCCACUCCAGACUGCGCGAGCCAGACACCAAAGCCAGUGUUGCCACGAAAGAGGGCACACUCACGAGCCGGGGAAGAUCUCUGGUCUCUUUGGCCCCCAGAACCCGCCGCUGCACAAGCCCUACCAAUGCCGAGGAAACCGCGGAAACCUUCCGGGUACGUCGGCAAAACCCUUCCCCAGGCCUAUGUGGCGUCCAGCAGAAGUGAAACGACGUGCACAUCCGUAUAAAAAAGCCGCCGCUGCAACCGGUUCCGCGCAUCCUUCCGGUUCCUCAGGAGGCUCGCCAGGUCUAAGUUGCCUCAGUGACCAUGUCUUCCUCAACCUUGUCCUUGAAAUGACUGAAAGGAAGGAUGACACACCACAAGGGGCCGAGCGCUCCCGGCGCUUCCCAGUCUUCCUCCGCCCCUUGCGGAAGGAGCCGAAGGCGGAGCCGGGCGCCGAAGUGGGACGGCCUAGCGCUCGGGCCUCUCCGGAAAGAGCCGAACCCCGCUCGGAAGAGGAGGGCUCCUUCGUCUUCUGCGUCUCGCCCCCGCGCGGUGCCCUCUGUCGGCGGCGUGAGGCAGCUGUGGCAGCGGUGGCGGCGGGAGGCGGUAGCCGCGUCGACGUUGACCAAGACUGGAGCGACGUUUAA